AUGGCACAAGGGGAGCUAUGGGCUACUCUACUGACGGCUAUUAACCCCAUCAACGCCCGCGCGAUGCCGGUCGUGCUGCAGUCGACCAUCGAGCUGCUCGAAGCCGAGCUGGUCAAGGCCCGCGCAGCAUUGCAGCAGGUUCAGGCUGAACCUAUUGUCACCGUGGCCGAAGACGUCACUGCCGGUGCGAUGGAAGCAUACAAGGUUCACUUGGUCGGCUGUGCCUCGCGCAAGCAACACAAUCAUUCCUUUCUGCCCUUGCUAGACGAGACCUUUGUGCGCUAUAGCACCAUGACUGCCCGCAGGCCAUCUCAGCGAGGCGCGUCGCUGUCGGACAUUUUGUCAAACUCCCUGGUGAUCGACCAUCUGGCGCCUUAUAUGUCGGUCGCAUCGUUGCUGUCGUUGGCGUCGACCAACAAAACGAUGAGGUCGCUUGUCAUGGACACGCCCUAUGUGUUUCGCCAUCUGGACCUGACACAGUGCAGAGGUGCCCUGCCAGUGUCCUCCAGUGGUUUAGAAGACAACUACGACCCGUCCUCGAUGGAAACUGAAGAUGAAUUCUAUGCCCAGCCACUCACAGCCAUUUUCGGCGACCUGGGACGACGAGCGAUCCUACAAGAUGUCCGCACCCUCGUGCUGGACGGUCUUUCGGUUCCGGCAAACUUGGUGGCCAAGAUUGUCCUGACGGACGAGUUCAACAUUUCCAUCCUGUCGAUCCGAGGCUGUCUCAACCUGAACGAACGCAACCUGAUGCAAGCAUUGCAGUACGCGGUGAGGCCCGGUCGUGCCAAGGGCAUGCCAAGGGUCAAGGGCAUCUAUCAUUUCAGCAAGGACUGCGAUCAACCGUCGUGCUCCCGCCCAGCUUCCCUUGGCGCGCGGCAUCGGCCCGACCAGCCUCAACCCGGUCACCGCUCCCGUCACACUCUUCACGACCAGGAAAAGGAUGCCCGGCGACACGAUUGGUAUAAGCCUUCUGGCCAGGUGCUGAAGGAUACCAUCACCAACGGAUGGGCGCAAACCGUGCAGCUUUGCCAGGGCAUCAUCUCUUUCGACGCUGUUCUUUGCCGGAGUCCGAGGCAUGAUCCGAACUCCUAUACCUCCGACAAUCCCAAACGGUUAGGCCCCUAUCUCCCGCCCGCCAUCGCCACUAUUGCACUUGGACCAAGAGGGUGCGAAGGCUGCGGCACCGUCCCCGAAGGUCCGGCAGUCUGGGGCCACUCUCCGGAAGAGUAUUUCCCACUGCUAUCGCCUCCUCCGUUGCAUUCUUCCCGAAUCACCGCUGCCAAGAAUCCCGCGGUGUACAAGAAUGAGACGCCUUCGCUGAUCAUGCAAUGUGAGGACUGCGUCCGGAAUCGCCUGUGUCGCCGCUGCAGCCGGUGGUGGUGCUCCGACUGUCUGCAAGAUCCUGAAAUUCUCAGAAACCCCGGCACCGCAUCUCAGCCGCCAGGGAUGUUCGCUGGAAUGGAACAAUCAAAGGCACACGAGUUAAAGCAUCGGAGACAAUGCGUUGCCAGAGAUUGCUGGGAAUGCGGACCCACGUGCACUCGCUGCAUGCUUGAGGUCAUCCGUACUUGCACCGUCUGCCAAGGAGGAUUCUGCUUGGAUCACAAUGAUGGUUGCUCCGAAACAAAGGUUUGCCUCAGCGAUCCAACAGCUCCAUGGUAUCCUCGUACUGAUGCGGAGUAG